UGUAACAAAGUUACAUCAAUUAAUAUGUUAUUAAUUAUCAUGUAAAACACACAUUAUAGCUUUGAUGAAAACGCUAAUUGCCUCAUAAGUGGUCAUCAUCACCAUAGAGUAAAAUACACACCCAAUUAACAAUGGCUUCUCUCAUUGCUCCUUCAAAACACAAUCCAAUUGAAGAUGCUGAAGCUCUCCAAAGAGCUGUUAAAGGUUGGGGAGCUGAUGAAAAAGCCAUUAUAGCAAUAUUAGGUCAUAGAAAUGGCACCCAAAGGACUCAAAUCAGACAAGCAUACUAUGACCUUUAUCAAGAGGAUCUCAUCAAACGCCUUGAGUCUGAGCUAUCCGGUGAUUUUGAGAGAGCAAUGUAUAGAUGGAUAUUGGAACCUGCAGAACGUGAGGCAUUGUUGGCCAAUAUAGCACUCAAAAAUGCUAACAUGAACUAUCAUGUCAUUGUGGAAAUUUCAUGUGUCUCUUCACCUGAUGAACUUUUCAUUGUGAGACGUGCUUACCACAAUCGAUACAAACGUUGCUUGGAGGAAGAUGUUGCAACCAAUACCACUGGCCAUCUUCGCCAGCUUUUGCUGGGAUUGGUGAGUUCAUUUAAGUAUGGUGGGAGUGAGGUCAAUGCAAGAUUGGCACAACAUGAGGCUGAUACCCUUCAUGAGGCUAUCAAAAACAAGAAUCACAAUCAUGAAGAAGUAAUCAGAAUCCUUACAACAAGGAGUAAAACACAACUUGUGGCAACUUUCAAUCGUUAUAGGGAUGAUCAUGGCAUUGCUAUCACUAAGAAAUUGUUGGAUGAAGGAUCCGAUGACUUUCACAAGGCAGUGAGAAUAGCCAUUAGUUGCAUCAAUGAUCAUAGCAAGUACUAUGAAAAGGUUCUACGCAACGCAAUGGAAAGUGAUGGAACUGACGAGGAUGCACUCACCCGUGUGAUCGUCACUAGGGCUGAGAAGGACUUGGAGGACAUCAAAAAGGUCUAUUACAAGAGAAAUAGUGUCCACCUUGAGCAUGCAGUGGCCAAAAAAACUUCAGCAGACUACAAGAAAUUUCUCCUUACUUUGAUGGGAAAAGAAGAAUAACUAAAGUA